UGCAGGUAGAGUGGGGAACAGCAGAUACAGAGAGGACGGGCUUGGUAGAAAAGAGGAAUUGCGUGCUUUUAUUACACAGAGAAGUUCUCCCCCUUCUCGCUGUUAUCUGCAAGGCUACUCGCAAAGGUGUGAAACGAUGGCAUUGACCCAAGAAGCUAUUUUGAUGUUUUUGGUUGAACAGGGCGGUAAGGCGAAGAAUUCUGACUUGUUGAAUACGUUUAAAGGUCUGAUAAACUGCAGCGAUCCCGUGCAAAAGAAAGAGAACAGGGAACUUUUCAAGAGGUUUGUUAACAACGUCGCAGUUGUGAAAGAAAUCGAUGAUGCCAAAUACGUUGUUAUGAAGAAAAAGUAUCAGCACUUACUGAAGGGAGACGCGGCUUUUACCUACCAGAAUUCCGAAUUUGGCGAGAGUCCGAGUGGCUCGACAACGGUCUCCCCGCUUGCUACUACCUCAGAGCUCCGUUGCUUUUCUCAGCGUGAAGUAGGUAAGAUUCUGAAUUCUGAUGCUGAUAACAACAAUCUGUCUACUGUUUCAAGAAGUAAUGAAGAUGCUUUGAACAGUAAUGUUUUAAAUUCGACCAGCCAAUUGCCUUUACAUAGGAGCAAUACAGGAGACAGGCAGUGUUUCAAUGCAGCGGGUGUUGGUAACAAAUCAGUUAACACUGCUCAAGUGGAAAUUUCAAAAGUCAAGGAGCUCAGUCCCUCAGUUGAGGGUAAGAAAUUAUCUAAAAUGGCUCAAGUGGAAACUUCAAAAGUCAAGGAGUUCAGUCCCUCAGCUGACAGUAAGACCGGGAAGACCGGAGCUGUUUUUGCCAUUGUGGCAGUCAAAUCGGAGUCAAAUUUACAGAAUAAUGAAGUACAAUCCAAAUGUGAUGGAUCAAACCUCAAAACAGAGAAACAAGGCACACCGAAAUCAGACCAGAAGCCGUACAUGUUGCCUUUAAGAAUGCCACCAACCCAGAUAAAACCAGAGGCCCAAGAGCCAGACACCAAGGACAAACUCGUGGUCAGAGCUACUUCAGAGCAUGACCUUUGCAGAUCUCCCAGAUCAAAACGGAGACAGUUAGAGGAAGCUGUUAAGCCAGGUUCGCCUCAACUGAGGAGAGGGUACAAGACUACCAAGCCGGGGGAAGAGCCCAAAUACUCAGACACCGUACCGCUGGACUCUAUGGAGCAUGAGUGGUUGGUGAAAUCUGCAGCUGGGCACUGGAGUCAGGUCUACGGUCUUUUGCUGCAGGACACACAGCUAGCAGAGAAAAAGGACUUCAUGUCCGGCUUCACCGCGCUGCACUGGGCUGCUAAAAGUGGCAACAGCGAGAUGGUGUGUAAAAUAAUCGAGAUAUCUAAGCGGGCGGGCACAGAGAUCGACAUUAACACCAAAACCUUCGGAGGGUACACGCCUUUACACAUUGCUGCCAUCCACAACCAUGAGUCUGUGAUGGCCCUGCUUGCACGAGAUUAUGGUGCCAACACAAACAUAAGGGACAACAGCGGGAAGAAGCCGCAUCACUACUUGCUCAAAGGGGCUUCCCCUGAAGUGAAAGAGUUGCUCGGAAAGCCACAGGUCGUGCAUCAGGAGACGCAAUUUGAGAGGAAAGAGGACGAUCAUUUCACUGAUCUUCCGAGAGGCUUUAACACGUUAAGUAGACUGUUUCAGCCUCAUUCUGGGCAUAGAAAGAAGCACAAGCAACGACCAGGGUUCUAUUCGAUAUAUGAAGACCCGGAUGAUGAGAAAGAAGAGGGCACGUCCAAGCGCAGACCCUUUUCGGAUGUGUUCCUUUAAACGUAAGGGCGCUUUCCAAAAACAAAUACUGACUCCGAGAUAUCUACAUUCGACAAACUGUUUCACUGUCAUUUGUUUUGUUCAUAAUCUUCUAACUGCAGUCUUUACUUGACAUUUUGUAUCCCACCAAU